UGUAGAGAAAUGUUUUCUCUACAAAACUGCCGUUUUAGAAAAAUGUUGCAAAUCGUUUUUAUGAAAAUACAAAACAUUUAUUGUGAAUUUUUGAAAAAUACGAAAAAAUAACCGAUGCACUCCUACCUGCGAUAACAAAUUCUUCAUCACAAGGUUAAGCGGUCUAAACAGACGGAAAUUUCUCAGGGUCGAUAUCCACGACUGUUUCGAAACAAAAACAACUUGAUGAGUGAUCAGUCGAAUUUUUAGUAUCAAAAUGAAUAGUAUUACAAGUGUCGUCUGUUUUCAUAGUAACCCGUUCACUCAUUUUUAAGGUGCAUUUCAGUUAAAGUUGCUAAUGUAUUUUUCAGCUCUUAUAAUAAUCAGAAAGAUUUAACUGUUACAAGCAAUUUGUGAGUUUUAGGUUGCACCACUGUCUAUGGCAUAUCGUUCAUAAAAAAGCUCAAAAAAGUACUAAAACUAGCCAUAGGCUUUGUUACUAUUGAGUUACAAAGAAAUCCAAUCAUGGAUACAAUACCAAACAACUAAUUCAUUUUCAUUUCACAUUCUUUCCCUUCUUCUUCAUAGUAAAACUAUAGUUUCUUUGUUUUUAUUUAACCAUAGUUCAAAUAAAUUCUAUUUUUCUUACAGUAUUUGCGUCAUGCAGAGAUGUAUUUUCACGUGCACGUUAAUAUAUGUUUUGAAAAUAAAGGAAAAAAUAACGCUGGAUUGUUCUGCGUAGAAGUAUCAACGCUGUAUUAGUAUGUGUAAAAGAUUUUUUUGAUUUUUAGCAUGGAAUUAUUUCUCAGCAUCAGUACAAAAAUGUUUAUAUUAAAAAGCAAAAAUAUAUUUUAUUAGUAUACAAAACAAACAGAACUGUUUAUGCAAGGUAACUUAAUUUAAAUCGAUAUAUAUUUUUUUUUGUCCUGCUAAAGGAACAUCAAAAAUGAAUAGAAAAUAGAAAAUCUUGGUAUGGAGCAGAACGGGAAAUAGAAAUAAUUGACGUAAAAUUAUGUUUUUCUUUCAUCAAUCGAAAAAUCAGAGAUUUUUUUGUCAACUGUGGCUGAAUAAGAAAAAAAGAAAAAAAAAACAUGUAUUGGUUCUGUAUUGCUUGUCUAGUGUCGGGGUGAAUGUACUCUUACUUCGCUCUGUUUCAUCUACAAAAUUAUGUAAACUAUAUUCAAAUGAGUGUUGCGUUGACCAAAUUUUUGUGAGGCAAAGAGAAAGUAUGAGGAACGAAAUGUAUUCAUAUCAGACGUAUGUUUUUAUUGGACUUUACAUUGUAUUAGGUACGUUGUAUCAGUGUGUGUUAGAAUUUUUAAAACUUGAAACUAUAUACAAAAGUAUAUCUGUUACUACACUGAAUUCAUUGCGUUAAAGAAAAAUGUAAAAAUAUUUACAGUUUCCAUUUGCUUUUUAAUCUAAGGUUAUUGAUGAUUUUCUUGUACGAAACAAUAAAAUUUUUAAAAGUAUAAAAUUAAAUUUCAUUUAUGAUUGUUAUAUCGUUUAAAGGUUUCGAUUUUACUCAUUCGCUACAAUGCUACAGCUGCAAUGGUGAUCAGACAACUCCUUGCGGUCAAGGUGGAGCAGAUAAUCUAUCUGGUUCUAGUGUAUUCGUGAUAUCUUACGGUGACACUUCUUUAACAGCUUGCUCCAUCACGUAUACAGCAACAUCCUCUUCAUCAUAUUCCGUAUCAAGAGGCAUUAGUACAAUUGGUUGUACAAGUGGUCGCUCUUCUAGUACUUAUACCUACUGCUGUAAUGUGAAUUAUUGUAACAGUAUUAGUUUUCCUGUACCAUCAAAUAAUAAGCCACCAGCAUGUGUAGCUUGUGAUACUACUGGUAAUGGACAAAAUACAUGUAUCUCAUCUGGUAUUGUAACAUAUGGCAGUCCAACUUACUCAUGUAUGGUCAUUGUUGGCUUGAGCACAUCUAAUACACUAGCAUUUACAAUUCGAACUUAUAUAGCCAAUUGUGCUGAUGCUUAUGAUACGUUAACUUUUGAUGGUACUCUAAUUCGAGUUCAUUGUUGUCAAACAGAUUUAUGUAAUUAUGUUAAUGUAUCAUUUGUUAUUGAAAGUACAACGUCGAAUGCUACUUACUCACCAGAUCAAGCCGACUCGGGAUUAAGUGGUGGAGCUAUAGCCGGUAUUGUUAUUGGUGUAGUUGCUGCUGUUGUAAUUGCUGCCAUAAUUAUUGGAUGUAUUUUGUAUUUUUGUUCACAUCGACGAACAACAACAGCAGCGCCACGAAAGGAAUCGCAAAAGGCAAUCUAUACUAUUCCAAGAAAUAAUCGUCAGAACCCAGGUGGACGAUACGAAGAUGAUUAUCAUCAAUCCAGUCCAAGAAAUUAUCGUCAGAACCAAGAUGUACAAUACGAAGACGAUUAUCAUCAACCCAGUCCAAGAAAUUAUCGUCAGGACACAGAUGUAAUUAUCGUAGACGAUUAUCAUCCUGUCAGUCCUAGAAAUUAUUAUCAGAACGGAGGUAUACAAUACGACGACGAUUAG